GUGUGAACAAUAAAUGAGAGCUAGCUGAUGAGGAGCUUAUCAUAACCCUCAUCAUCGUCACGUCGUUUUUCAUUCACAUCCUUCGAUAAUAACCUCUUCUUCUCCCAGAAUUCCACGCCUUCUUCUACAAUUCCCUUUCUUUCUUUCUUUCUUUCUUUCUCUAAAUUCUUAAUUCCAUCAGCCCACUUUUCUUUUCCCUUUCCCUUCCAUCCAUUUUGCUUUUUUUCUCAAUUCUCUUUCCUCUCUGUCUAAUUUGUCUCCUCUACCACGCCUAGAGAAUUGAGAUAUUAUCAUAUACACUAUACUCUACACGAUCGAUCCUAUUAAGCUAUUUGUAAAAUAAAUUCAUUAAGCCUAUACUCAACCACGCCUUAUGUUUUGCUCAUGACUUUUGUUUCAAUUUAAACCGACACCAUUUCUUCUUCUUUUUUCUCUGUCCUAAUUCCCUCUCUCUCUCUCUCUCUCUCUCUUUCUUUCUGUCUCUAUUGUUCCAUCUCUUUCUCCUGAAUCUUGCCAAAUUCCUUGUGUUCAGCUCCCUUAAAAGUCACCCCAUUUCAUUCUCUACUAUUCCCCCUUCUCUUUUACUUUUUUUUUUAAAAGCAUUACAAGCCCAUUUUCUUACUUUUAACCUUGAAUGAACAACUAAUAGCCUUGAUCUAACUAAAAAAAAAAUCAUCUCAAUUUCUUCAUUUCCCAGUAAAGACAAAAAGAAAGAAAUGUGGAUGAUGGGUUACAACGAUGGAGGAGAUUUUAACAUGCCGGAUUCAUUCAAUGGAAGAAAGCUCCGUCCACUUAUGCCAAGAGUACCUCAUGCUCCUAUUGCUACUGCUACUAAUCCAACUAAUUGUUUAAGAAACAUUCAUGGAGAAAAUUUUAUUGCACUUAAUCAUCAUCAACUUGCUAUGAGUGAGCCAAAUAAGAGAGAUUUCAAUACGCAACAAUUAGUUGUGAGCUCGCGAUGGAAUCCAACUCCAGAACAACUGCAAACGCUGGAGGAGUUGUAUCGACGUGGCACGAGAACUCCGUCAGCUGAACAGAUUCAGCACAUCACUGCACAACUUCGACGCUAUGGGAAAAUUGAAGGAAAGAAUGUUUUCUACUGGUUUCAAAAUCAUAAGGCUAGGGAACGCCAAAAAAGACGCCGUCAACUUGAAUCCGCUGCUAAUGCUGCUGGUGCUGGUGGUGAUGAUCAGUCUCAUAGUAAUUGUAACGCUGAAAAUACCGAAAGAAAAGAAUCAGGGGCAAAUAGGACAGUUUUUGAAAUUGAACACACCAAGCACUGGCCAUCCCCAACAAACUGCAGUACUCUUGCAGAGAAAACUGCAGCAACAACAAAGGCAGCAGCAGCAGCAGGGGUGGCAGAAUCAUGUAGAGCAGCAGCAGCAGAAAGAUGGAUACCAUUCGAUGAGGGAGAACAACGAAGGAGCCUAUUAGCAGAAAGGAAUGCCACGUGGCAGAUGAUGCAUUUGUCUUGUUCACCACCCACCACCACCAACAACAACAAUAACACCAAUGUUGCAACAAUUUGUAGUAAUACUAUUACUACUGCAACUUGUACUCCAAUAAUAAGGAGCUGUCCAUCAACGCCAAGAACAUUUGACCAUCAGACAAAACAAUUUUUCAAAGCCAAAGAUCAUCUUAACAUCUUUAUAGCACCCUUCAGAUCAGCAGGUGAUCAAAAACACGAAAAUAUCAUCAGAGACGACGAAGAAGAAAGCCAUGAUCAUGAAUCUCAGACCCUUGAAUUGUUUCCACUCCGCAGCAGUAGUGACAACAACGACGAAAAUAUUUUUUCAGAUAAGGACGAAAUAGGGGCCUCUGCGAACUUGAAUAACAGUUUUAGCGGUAGUCAUUAUCAGUUUUUUGAGUUCCUUCCACUCAAGAACUGAGGGAUGGCUAGACACGAGGAAUUAGAUGUUGACUAUUUAUGUAACUUGAAAUUAAUGAUGGGAUUUCCCUCCCUAUUAUUAGCUAUAGCAAUGAUUUUGUUCAAUGCGAUGUAACCUUUAUGAAAAUCAAAGAUUGCCUUAAAAUGCA